AUGACAUCCAAUUCUGAGAAAUUGACUAUAUUUGAUCUAUCAACUAGAUCUAUUAGGUCGCCAUCUUUAAGUUUAUCAUCAAAUAAUUCUUCUUUCAAUAUAAAUAAUCAUAAAAAAAGAUUUGAUGAUCGUUCAACUACUAAAACAAGUUUAGCUUUAAAGAAUUAUAGAUCUAAUUCAUAUCAACAAACUUUAGAAAAAAAAUCAUCUACUCAAUCCAAUAAAUUGGAAUUAAUAAGUAUAUACAGCUGGUCUGAUUUAAAAAAAAUAUCAUUUAUCAUAACUUCAUCUGAGUUUAUUUCAAAGUAUGGCCUGGUGCUAUUAGUUAAUACAAAUUCAAUUUUUAUUGCCGUUGGAACAAGUCAUGGACAAAUUCUUAUUUUUAAUUACAAACAGGAAAUUGCAUCUAUACUAUUCCUUCCUGAAGAUGAAGAACAAAACGAAGUUUCCUGUAUGUCUUUUUCAUCAGAUUGCACUUUUUUCAUAGCAGGUUAUAAAGAUGGAACAAUCCGACUAUGGGAUUUAAACAAUGGACCAGUAAUUUUACCAAAUGGCAUAUUACCAUAUUUUACAAUUUAUCCACUAGAGUCUGUAUCAUCAACCAAAAACGGUCAUUUGAUAAAUAAGAAAAUCACAUACGUCAGUUUCAUUCAAUCACAAACUCAUCAAUUUAUAAGUAUAGAUGAAUCUAGUUUAAUUCUUCAUCAUACUGGAGUCAAGAAAUUAAUCAAUACUUAUUUCACAAGUGAACAACUACUAAAAAUUAAUGAUCCAUCGAGGAAUGAAUUACAACUAAAAAUUUUAAAUUAUGGAAUGCUACCUAUGGGUUCUUCAAAUCAAAUUACUGACGGAAUGGGUGUAUUAGCGCUAAUGACUCAGGAUACGCUUACUAUUUUAUCAACAACCUCAUUAAAUGAUCCUUCAAUAACUCGAGUAAUACCGUAUUUUAAAGUUGGGAAAUCCAAAGAGUCUGGUUCAAUAGUUACCUCGACAGCCAUGUCCUGGUUUCCUUGUGUUAAAACACUAGAUGGAAUAAGUAAUGCCAAGUUAGCUUAUAGUUGGAAUAAUGUUUUGGGUAUAUUAGAACUAGAUAAUCAUUUAUUCCCCAACAAUUUGAUCAAAAUCGUUAAUGAUGCAAAAGACAAAGAUAAAGCUAUACCAAAAUUACCCUUUUCCAAAACCUGUAAAUGGGAUACAAAAUCAAAUAUAAUAGAUAUUAAAUGGAUUCAAUCAAAUAUGUUGAGUGUGUUCGUUGGUUCUGAUGAAGAGACUAAAAUGAUUACAUUUUUUUAUGAUAAUAAAUCACUUACGCCGAUAGCAGAGGACUUUUUUACUAGUGAAAUAAAACAAAUAAAUUCAUCAAAACAAUGCUUCAUUAUGUUAAACGAGUCGAAAUUAUCGAUUGGUAGACAAUUGAGUUGGGCAGAUAUUUUGCUUACCAAUAUAUCGCAUUCAAAUUACUCAGAGGCAUUAGAUAUUGCUGAUGAAUUUUAUAAUACAACUUCAAAGGGAAAGCUAGUUGCUGUUGGUUUACCCAUAGAUAAAAAUAAAAGAGCAGCUAUAAUUAGACCCUACUUAAUUGAAAUAAUGAAAGAAGCAUUACCACAUUUAAAUGAUCACUUAACUAAAUACCUUGAUAUUAUAUCAUAUACUGGAUAUACAGAUAUACUAGAAAGUUUAUUAGAGUACAGCAACGACAAUCAAAGAUUCUUUCAGACUUUAGAACCAUUUAUUUUGUCAGAAUUUAUUACCAUUUUACCACCUGUUGUUUUAAAAAGACUUGUUGAAUACUACGCCACUAACGAAAUGGGAGAUUUACUUACUGAAUUAUUAUGUACAUUAGAUAUAAAGAGUCUAGACAUUGAUGUUACCAUUCAACUAUGUAAAAAGUACAAUUUAAGAGAAUGUUUAAUAUUUAUAUGGAAUUCAUUAUUAAAUGAUUAUGAAACACCUUUACUAGAUUUUCUAAAUGAUUUUCAAAAUUCAACUUUCUUACAAUCUGAAGAACAUUUGAAAGCUUAUGAUUAUAUUUCUUUUAUACUUACAGGUAGGCAAUAUCCAACAGAAAGGUAUAUAAGUAAUGGAGAAUUUGAUGCUAUUAAAAGUCUUUGUGAUAUUCUAUUUUCAAGUGGGUCAGUCACAAGAAAUGGUCAAAUAGUUCAUGCAUUAGAUGAUAAUACUAUAUUUCCCUAUUUGUACACAUUUUUGCAAAUUGAUUCAUUCCUAACAUUAUCAGCAUUAAAUGAAUUUUUUGAAUCAUCAUUUUUAAACGAUCAACCAAAGUAUAAUAGACAAUUUUUGAUAGAAGCCUUAUUGGAUUUAUAUAAUGCUAAUGAAUCGAAGUUAAACAAUUUUGAUAAAUGUCAAUUAUCAAUAUUCAUAGCAAGGAAUUAUCCCAAAUAUUCACAAUUUAUAAGAUUAUCAGAAUCAACAUUAGAUUCAAUUAUAGACAAUUUAUGUUCAAACUCAAAUAACGAGAUUUUUCAAGAUUGUGAAUUAGCUUUACAAAGUUUAUUACAAAAAUAUUUACCAGAUGAUGAAAAUUUUAUUGAUAAAUUAAAAUUAGCUGGAUUUUAUAAUGUUUUAGUUGAUUUUUAUAAUUCCGAAGGGAAAUAUUCAAUGGCUUUAGAAAUGUGGUUACAAAAAGAUGAAAAUGAAGAAGAUGAUUAUGUUUCACAUUUAAUGAAUUUAAUUGAUCAAUCAUUUGCUAAAAAUCAAGAUGCAAAAGAAAAAAUUAAAGUUGUUAAAGUAUUAAGGAAUAAGUUUUCAAGUUUUUUGAAAUCAGAUACUGAUUUAUUUUAUAAACUUAUUGAUAAAUAUGCAUCUCAACUACAUUCUGAGGUUUUAUUUGUACAAGAUGAUUUAUUGAAAUUUAAUUAUUUACAAAAGCUAUUUCAAGAAAGCAAAUUGAUUAAGCUAGAUAAUUUUUUAUUUGAAUAUUUGAGAUUAUUAAUAAAAUUUAAUAGAAGUAAAGUGCUUGAGUUUACAGAAUAUUGGAAGUCUACAUUAAUCAAGCUGGAUUAUGAUCAAGUGAUAGACCUUUUGAGAAACAAUCAAGUUAUCGAUGGUCAAGCAUGUUUAUUUGCAUAUUCUAAAGAAUACAGUAAAGCAAUUGAUACAAUAAUUGAUAAUAUUCAACAAAUUUUGGAUCAAAUUACUGAAUCCAAUCAAGAAAAUUUCAUCCACUUAAUAAAUUAUGCUAUGACAAUUAUAGAAACGCCAGAAACUUAUGAUAUAUCAAUUGAUGAAGAAGAAAUGUCAUUAAAUGAAAAAUUAUGGUUAAAUUUAUUAAAUUCAUUAGUUAAUUUAGCUAAUAUCACCACCGAUGAAAAUACUCACAAUUUCAUAAACAGAUGUAUUCAUGAUUGUUUUAAAAAAAUAAGUGAUUAUAAAUUAAACUCACCAAAAGGUGAACAAUCAUUUUUAAAAAUUUUUACAAUUUUUUUACAAACUUAUUCAAAUGAUCAAAAACAAAUUGCAACAUUAUCAAACAUUAAAGGGAUAUUACAAGAAGUAUUUAUAUCUUAUUCUUAUGAAAGUGAAAUGUUAAAAAUUUCAUUAAAAAUGCUUAAUGAUGAUUUUUACAAGAAUAUGUUACUAAUAAAAGAUAAUCAUCAAAGAGGUUGGAUAAUAAAUGGUACUUCUUGUUAUUCUUGUGGUCAAUUAAUUUGUGGAUCAAAAUUAUCUGAAGAAAUUAUUGAUCAACAUCAAUUAGCUUUAGAGAAUAAAGAAUAUAAAAGAAUUAUUUUACAAUCAACUAAUGAAGUAGAUGAAAAAUUUCAUUAUUUAGAUUUAAUAUUUUUUGGAUGUGGUCAUUCAUAUCAUUCAAUUUGUCUUGAAAAAUUAAAUAGUCCAAAAACUUGUAUACUUUGUAAAUAA